AUGAUCCCAAACCAGCUGAGGGUCAGCCCUCUGGUGUCCAGGCAGGAAGAAGAGACAAUGGAUGGCAGCACUGCCUCUGGGCAGGACAGAGAUGGUGCCAUUGCAGGGCACAACCAGGGGGUGAAGACGGAGCCCUGUUUCCAGACCAACUCUCUCUUGCCUUCCCCCAGCACAUCCCUGAUAUCACAGCUCCUCAGCCACCCGAUGGUUGGCAGGAGCCUGGAUCCUUCCAUCCUUUUCCCUUCUUCCCAGGCAGUGGCCCUGCCUCAGGACUACGAGUGUAGUGCCUCUCCUGGAGAAGGAGCAAAAGCCCUGGCUUUCCCCACAACCCGAGCCCCAGCUUCCAUGCCCUGUGCUGGUGACAGGGACCAGCUCUCUGACCAGCACCUACGAGCCAAGCGGGCCAGGGUGGAGAGCAUCAUCCAAGGCAUGAGCCUCCCACCAACCCCCCAGGUGUUUGGCACCAGCCUGGAGGCAGCUUUCGGGCAUGAGAGGGAGAGGGGUGGUGAGAUGCCCCGGGAGAGCAAGAGGAAGCCGAGGGUGCCCCAGCAGGGCACAGGGGCAGCUGGGCAAGUGGCUCCCGUGGUGGGCAGUCCCCGUGCCGAGGGCUACCAGCAGCUGAAAGAGCAGCUCUGCCUUUUAGAGCAGCAGCUGAGGUGGCUUCAGGAGAAGUUCUCCCAGGUCUGUGACUCUGUGGAUGCUGCCCAAACCCAGGAAGGUGCCGAGAAAGCACAUCCACUGCCUGGGAAACCUGGAGACAGACCGGACAAGGACAGUGCUGCUGCCACUGGCAACCUGUGCAAAGCACCUCUCCGGAGGAGUGUCCUGGAGGUGCAUGGGCCAGAGGAGGACAAGGACAGAGGUGACACAGUUGGGUUGCCCUCAGCAGCAAGGGUCCUCUCGCAGGCGCUGAAGGAUGAGCUGGCCGGGGUGACAUCGCAGGUGGUGGACUCCGUCCUGAAGACCAUCUGGCCAAAGGCAGCCAGCCACCUUCUGCAGCAGCACCACAGCCUCCCAGUGUCAGGGCCAGGUGCCAGGAGGGAGUAUGUUGCUGCUGGGAAAUGCAGAAAGCCACUUGCUAAGCCAUCUCCCACCAGUGCACUGGGCUCGCUGAGCUCACCCCAGGCUGAGGCCCUGUCAGGAACUUCAGGGAAGAGCCCGGGCUCUCAUGCUGUCUCCUUCAGUUCAAAGGGGAUCAGAAAACCCUGUCAAGUACAGAACAUGGGUUAUCCACUGGGCUCGGCCACCCCCGUCCAGGACAGCCAGCUGCUGAGCCAGCUGCUGGGCUGCGGCCAGCACGGCCCCUGGGGCAGCAGCUCUUGUGGGAGCCCUUCUGCUCCGGAGAGGGGUCCUCUGGAGUCCCUCAACUUGCACUGGGGAACCGUCAAACUGAGGUCAUCAGUCGUGAGACAGCAGCAGCAGCAGCAUCCCCUGCCCCUCAGCCCUGCCGACGUGGAGAGCCUGGCGCUGCUGCCAGCUGGCAGGGACGGCCGCGGGGAGCUGCAGGCUGUGAUGGAUGGAGCGCCCUUCACCUCCACCCAUAUAUCCUUUGGGCAGAUCCAGGAGGCGCUGACCCCCGGCCACCUGAAGAAGGCCAAGCUGAUGUUUUUCUUCACCCGCUACCCCAGCUCCACCCUGCUGAAAACCUACUUCCUCGACGUGCAGGUAAAGCGGCAGCACCUGAUCUGGGCUGCCAGGUUUUCCCUCUGUGCUUUUGAUGAGGCUCCAAGCUGGUGUAACGCCUGUCCUCUGGCUCUCCCCCCGCAGUUCAGCCGCUGCAUCACCUCCCAGCUCAUCAAAUGGUUCAGCAACUUCCGUGAGUUCUACUACAUCCAGGUGGAGAAGUUUGCCCGCCAGGCUCUGCUGGAGGGCGUCGUGGAUGCUGGUGCCCUUCGGGUCUCCCGGGACUCGGAGCUCUUCCGUGCCCUCAACACACACUAUAACAAGGGAAACGACUUCGAGGUGCCGGGGCGGUUCCUGGAGGUGGCCAGCCUGACGCUGCGGGAGUUCUUCAACGCCGUCAGGGCGGGCAAGGAUGCUGACCCCUCCUGGAAGAAACCCAUUUACAAAAUCAUUUCCAAACUGGACAGUGACAUCCCGGAAGGGUUCAAAGCCACCAGCUGCUCCCAGGAACUGCUCCGCAGCUGA